UGUGAGGUCACGUAGACUAUUUCGUUGCUGACAUAAGUUCCGCUCGUUUACAAGAUGGCUCGUACUAAGCAAACCGCUCGUAAGUCUACCGGAGGGAAAGCUCCCAGAAAGCAGUUGGCUACUAAGGCAGCUCGCAAGAGUGCUCCAGCCACCGGAGGUGUGAAGAAACCUCAUCGUUAUAGGCCGGGAACCGUAGCUCUUCGAGAAAUCCGUCGUUACCAAAAAAGCACGGAACUUCUGAUCCGUAAACUGCCGUUCCAACGACUCGUCCGUGAAAUCGCUCAGGACUUCAAGACCGAUCUGAGGUUCCAGAGUUCCGCUGUGAUGGCUUUACAAGAAGCCAGUGAAGCUUACCUUGUAGGAUUGUUCGAAGACACCAACCUUUGUGCCAUCCAUGCAAAGCGUGUCACGAUCAUGCCAAAGGACAUCCAAUUGGCUCGUCGUAUCCGUGGAGAACGUGCUUAAACUCUACAAAACGUAGAAAGUACCUAACGGCCCUUUUCAGGGCCAACAAUAUUGUUUUACAAAGGCCAUCUAAUGAGC